CCUCCGGCCGGCAGGGGGCGCAGCCGCAGUGGCGUCUCUCUGCUCUCGACUUCCGUCUGUUGAUUUAAACUUCCACCGGAAGUCUGCUCGUCCUCUUCUACCAGGCCGAUCCAACAUGGGACGAGUCAGGACCAAGACGGUGAAAAAGGCCGCCAGGGUCAUCAUCGAGAAAUAUUACACCCGGCUGGGAAGCGACUUCCACACCAACAAGAGGGUGUGCGAGGAGAUCGCCAUCAUCCCCAGCAAGAAGCUCCGCAACAAGAUCGCCGGGUAUGUGACGCAUCUGAUGAAGAGGAUCCAGAGGGGUCCAGUCAGAGGCAUCUCCAUCAAACUGCAGGAGGAGGAGCGAGAGAGGAGGGACAACUACGUGCCAGAGGUGUCCGCUCUGGACCAGGAGCUGAUUGAAGUUGAUCCCGACACCAAGGAGAUGCUGAAGCUGCUGGACUUCGGCAGUCUGUCCAACCUGCAGGUCACCCAGCCCACCGUCGGCAUGAACUUCAAGCAGCCCCGAGGAGUCUAGGCGUCUGUAAAGUAUCUUCUAAUAAAACCCUUUGGGACAAAAAAACCUC